AUGCCAGAGCCAUCUAGAAAGCGUGAGCACGACCAGCUCCUUCAUGUGCUGAACGGGGCCAGGGUCAGUGAAGACUUGAUCAAGUACCUUACCGGAUUAGGUUUGUCCAGCAUAUCUGACUUUGUGGGUCUUGUCACCACAGCCGGUUUUGAAACUGAGCUGAAAACGCAAGUCCUGGAUCUGUCCCCUGCGAAAGAUGAUGUCUUGCAGUUGUCCCGCUUGCGUGCAGCUUGGCGUGAGGGUUUUCUGCUCAUAGAGAAAGCUCGGAAGCGUCGCCUAGAAGGUGUUCUUGAAGAUGGUGAAGAACCUUUGGAUAUUCAGACGCAUGAAGACUUGCUGGCCCAAUGGAAAACGACAUAUCAGCUGCAGCUGUCCAUUCAUGCGAUGCCUUCUGAUGCUUUGCUAGGUAGAGUUUACAGAGAGUUCCAGCGAGGUGCCCCAACACUGAUUCCAGCCAAGCGAAUGCAGAGUUUGUUUCGGGGCACGCUCCCAACAUCCAAAGAAGAGGUGAACCUUAGUGCAUCUAUCAAAGUGCAGUUGGCAGCUGAGCCGGCCCCGGUCAAGUCAGUCAUCGCCUAUUAUCAGGCUCUGCGUGUGUUAGCAAACGCCUAUGCCAUUGCAGGUAUCCAUGUGGUUGAUAGUGUGUCGGCGCCAGGGACGAAAGUCCGUUUUGCCCCGCUGGACACAAACUUGAACUAUUGUGAUUUUGCUCUGGCCAGGACUGCUGAGAGUAAUUGCCAUGAUACACAGCAGUUGCAGUGGUUGGAGUCACGGGAUUUGCAUACCCGCGGUAAGAUGGUGGAGUUUAUGAGGCAAGGAGUACCGCAAGGCGAAGCUUUGACACGAGCCUUGCGUGAAUGCGAUGUGCUGUGGACUGUGCAGCAAUCUGUCGUAGUGGACGUUGAUAAGACGCCUUCUGCCAGUGUCAGAACACGUGCGGAACUUUCACCACCUAGCAAAAGACCCCGACGUGAGCGCACUGUGACAGUUUUGCAGGGGAACCAAGCAAUCUGCAAGCGCCACAAUGAUCAGCGUGGUUGUGCUCCAAAGGAAAAGGACUGCCCAGAUCGGAAGCGUCACACAUGUGAUGGCCGCAGGCCUGAUGGCACUGCGUGUGGCAGCACCGGCCACACCCGCAAAGAUUGCCCUUGUUUACCGGUGAAGGGCUGUUCACUUUGCCCUGUUGGGCCUGUUGUCACCGAUGCAGCUGACUGGGGCCGAGUAUCUCGGUGGCAAGACUGGUUUUUGUGGUGCUCGCAUCGGUUGGUUGCAGGUGGCUUCACAUCUGCUCCAGUUGAGCAGGAGGUUGCAUCGGAAGCUAGAAAGCCUGUGCUGCUCAGCUAUUCAGGCAAGCCUUGGCCCAAGAAAGUCCGUUUUCAUGGCCGUUUCGCGUUGAAGCAGCCCAACCUGAUUCUUCCUCGGUUUCAAAUGCAAUCAGUGCGGCGUGCAGACAUGCGCGACCUUGCGCCUGAUGUUGCUGCCAGAUUUGUAGCUGAUGGAUGCAAAUUUCCCCCUCUUGCAUAUGCGGAGGAUGCACUGCUUUGGACAGGUGCUGUUUGGCGUUGCCUGUUACCUUCGGAAAAGGCUCAGUUACAUGGUUUGCCAAGUGAUGUGAUCAAAGCCAUAGUUGUACCGGAUUGUUUGGAAGCUGCGCAAGCCUCUGCAAUUGCCGACUCGGCUCACAUGCCUUCUUUGGCCCUCUUGUUGAGUCGCGUUUUGCAAUGCGUCAACCUGAUGCCGGCCCCAGUUGCACCACUUUGCCCAGCCGAUGAGCGGCGCCUCAGACAGAGUGUGCGUGGCACUGUGUUCGAACCAGGUUUGGUUGCCUAUUGGGUGGACACACAGCUGCGCGGCAAGCAGCCAGCCCCUCAAGGCAUGGAUUGGGCGCAGCAGCGGCAGGUAGCAACUUCUGCAGUAGCUGUCGGCUUCCAGCGCGGGUCUGGCGCCUCCAGAUUUGCUUUGCCGCCAUUACAUCCAUCUGGCUUGACAAAGGAAGAGCAUAUGGCUGCUUCUGCUGUGAUUGCUUCCCCCUUUGAUGUUCAGUGUCCGUUGGAUGAUGACCUCCAAUUUGCUUGUCGCGCCAUUGCAUGCAUGGGGCCAGCCAUCCGGGAGUGGCGAGCCGCACAAAUGCGUUGUUUGACAAAGCUUAGCAAGUGCCUGGCGCCUUGGGAGCGCGACCUUGUCCAGAUGAUGCCUCCAUCGGUAGCUAAAGUUGCAGCAGACAAGCGCCCCUUUUUCAUGCUUGUGUGUUCCUUGUUGCUGCGAUGGCCGGAUGAAACAAACCCACUUCGUUUUGUAGGUGGAUUCGACAUUGUUGGCGACAUUGAGGUUUCCGGCCUGUUCAGGCCCCUGCAAGUGAAUGAGAGCUCCCUUGUUGGAUUGCCAGCCCUACUAGGCCCCCAAGCAGAUGACAAUUUGUCGCGCAUGUUUCGGCGGGUACGCCCAGGUACCCAUGAUGAGGACUUGCGCCGGUUGACCUUAGAGGAGGUUGAGCUGGGCUUUGCAGAUGGUCCUUUUGACUUGUCCCAAAUGAAUGAAAUGUUUGGGCAGUCUCAGUGGCGUCCUUUGGAAAGAUUCAUCCACGUGCAGGCCUGUGGAAAGCUUCGGUGUAUCGAUUCAGGGAAAAAGCCCGGCCAUAAUGCAGCUUCUAGAGAGCGGGAGACCAUUUUUACAUAUACUGUUGAUGUUGUGCCUGCGAUCAUGCGUGAAGUGAUGCGCCUUGCUACUGAGAUUGAUGCUGACAAUCCUUGCAAGCAGCUCCAUUUUGUCAUCGGCACUGAAGAUAUGAAAAAUGCAUACCGGCAAUGCCCAAUCAACCCGGCGCAUCGUUGUUGUUCCUGUGUUGCUUUCUGGGAUUGCACCUCAGAGUCAGUCAAGUUCAUUGUUCUGAAUGGCUUGCCGUUUGGAUUGUCUUCAGCAGUGUUGGCCUUUAAUAGAACCCCUGCCUUGCUUUCUAGUGUAGCCAGGCGUUGCUGCGCGGCUCCAGCUGUGUUUUUCUUCGACGAUACUGGUGUUGUUGAUGUCAGCUUUGCUCAAGGCUCAGCUCAGGCAGCUGUACGCCUUGUCUAUGCCUUGGCAGGAGCUCAGUUGGAUCCAGACAAAUCUCAGCCUCCAGCCCAGUGCCGCACGUUUUUAGGCUUGUCAGUAAAUGUUGGAGAUAACCAAAUGUGUAAGUUUGAUUUGAAGCCCGGAUUCAGGGAACAAACUCAAGACUUCAUCAAUGAGAUCCUGAGUGAUGGUCACCUUACCUCUGGCCAUGCGGCCAAGCUCCGCGGGAAAUUUGGCUGGGCUGCUUCCGGUACGUAUGGGAAGUGUGGCCGAGGCGGUCAGGCUGCCUUGGUGCAUCGUCAGUAUUUUGAUUGUAGUGAAGCAUUGUCGGCAUCCUUGAUCGAUUCUUUGCUCUUUCGCCGUCAGCUUGCAUCUUUGGUACCGCCCAGGGUCGUCUCAUUGCAGCCUUCCCGUAGUAAGCCAGUUCGUCUCUAUUCAGAUGCUAGUUUUGAUCCGGCUAAGUCUUCUGAUGUUGCUCGAUUAGGUUUUGUGAUCUUUCCAGAUGAUGGUAGGGCGCCCCCAAUUGGAAUGUCUGCAGACAUCCCUGCAGACCUCUUGCGGUUGUUGGUAGACCGCGAACAGCAGAUUACACCUUGUGAAGCGUUGCUUGGAGUUGUAGUGCCGUACAAUGUUCGUGAUUUCCUGGCCCAGAAGGAUGUCAUUUGGUACAUAGACAAUCAAGAACCAGGUGCAGGAACCAGGUCUGUUGCAUACAGUGACUGUGCACCCUUGCCCUUGCAUUUGACA